AUGGAGCUGGUUAAGAUCAUUAGAAAGAUAAGGAUCAAUAUUGCGUGUGUCCAGGAGACUAAGUGGAUAGGUUCUAAGGCUAGGGAUGUGGAUGGGUACAAGCUGUGGUGCUCGGGAAGUGAGGGGCGUGGGAAUGGAGUAGGUAUCUCAGUGGAUGAGGAUCUUAGUGAGCAGGUAGUGGAGGUUAAUAGGGUUAGUAAUAGGGUGAUGACUAUUAAGUUAGUCAUUGGGCGGUCUUCAUUGAACAUCUGUAGUGCUUAUGCGCCACAGGUGGGCCUGAACGAGGAGGAGAAGAGGAGAUUUUGGGAGGUUUUGGAUGAGGUAGUGCAUGACGUUCCUAGCUUGGAGAAGAUUUUCAUAGGAGGGAACUUCAGUGGGCACAUCGGGGCAUUACUGAUAGGUUAUGGUGAUGUGCAUAGAGGCUUCGGUUUUGGGGAUAGAAAUGAUGCAGGAGCUACUAUUUUGGAUUUUGCGAGGGCCUUUGGUAGUGAAUUCCUACUUUUCAAAGAAUGA